AUUGGUGGAGAGUAUUUUGCAGAGGCUCUGAUGGGCCAGAAUCAGUCACACGUAGCGGAAGUACAUAGACAAUCACAAGCGCUGAUUUGGUCGAGUUCACCAUGGAGCCGCCGUUGUUUCCCAGAGAGUCGGGCCAGUUUGUUGCAGAGCGCAGUCAGGAUGUGUUUGUGGAGGAGGAAGGCGUUCAGAAGGUGGCCGAGAUGCUGUACGCUCUGCGAGAUAGUGACGAGCUGACUGCCAGUGGCUGGAAGAAGGCCAACCCUCUGGCCCCUGCUGCCACCUCUGACCAGGCUUUAAAUUGGAUGUUUGUGGUGGACACCAUGAACUUCUCUUUUUGGCCCGAGAAGGAAACCCAGCAGUGUGAGGUGACCUUUAACGGCACCACGUACACGGGCUACAUGACCUUGUGCGCCGCCAUCACCAGGGCCAUGGAGGAAGGCGUGCCCAUCACGGAUCCAAAGUUCUUCUCCCAGAUAAGCAUGGAGGAGUUGGCGCACGUUCUUCGAUCAGACAACGAAACGCCCAUGCCGAUGCUUCACGAGCGCCACCAGGUGCUGACUGAAGGCGGCCGCGUGCUGUUGCAGCACGGCGGAAGCUUCCGCAGUUUUAUCAGCCAGGCUGGGGACGACGCCCGGAAGAUGGUGGAGCUUGUUGUGGAGAAGAUUCCGUCCUACAGAGACGAGGCUGUCUAUGAGGGCAAGAAAAUCGCGUUCUACAAGCGAGCUCAGAUCCUGGUGGCUGACUUCUGGGGCAUCAUGGCGGCCCGAGGUGAGGCGGUCAUUACCAACAUGGACUGGCUCACCAUGUUCGCCGACUACAGGAUCCCUCAGGCCCUCGUCUACCUCGGCGCCCUGCGAUACUCUGAUGCUCUGAUGGGCAGCCUCAAGCACGGCGAGUUGCUGCGUUCAGGCGACAGGAGGGAGGUGGAGAUCCGAGCCUGUUCCAUCUUGGCGGUGGAGCGCAUCAGGGAGCGUCUGAGCAAGCUGCUGCAGGAACGGGACGGCAGGAGCUGCGGCGUCAACUCGGCCAUCAUCGACUUCUACCUGUGGCCGUACGCCAAGCAGCACCACAGAGAGAUGGCCCACAUUCCCAUCCACCACACGCGCUCCGUGUACUACUGACAAGCUGGCGGCCAUUUGCGGAGAGCAGGCAGUGCCUUAGACACCACCGUCCUGGGACCGAGCCAAGUUCGAAAUGUAUAUCUACCAUCAUGGUAUGAUGCAAUAUCACACCGUUAGAGCACAUGACCUGUUUCACGGAUUGUCCUGUCUUUGACUUGAUCAAUUAAUACAUUUAUUAAUGUCACUUUAAAUGCAAUAAAGUGAAUUCCC